UUGGAUAUUUUCGCCAGCAAAGUUCCAUUUCCAGAGCCUUCAUUGAGAAUUUACAGUCCUCUCUUGUCGUCGAUCGAGCGACCUGCAACCCUACAACCGUGGGAUCGAUCCGACGACGAAUUAUGACUGUGGCGAGGCGGAAUUUUGUUAUCGAAUCUCCCAACCUCUUGCAGAUCGCUCCGAGAUUCUUAUCCGCCGAGUAAAACCCAUUUGUUGUUUCCGCCUUUCGCUGCUCUCCCAAGGAGAUCUCCUAAACCCUUGGUACGAUCUUUCCUGGACACCGGCGGCGGGAUUUACAAAAUCCGACUGGGAUUCCACCGCCGGAUUGAUGUUUUGGAGGAGACUAGGGAUCGGCACCGAAAUCUGAUCUUGGGAAUUCGAUUAUAGAUGGCGACGUUGCGGCCACCGAACUUUGAUGCCUUCGAGGCGUACUUCAAGAGAGCUGACUUGGAUCAGGAUGGGAGGAUCAGCGGCUCGGAAGCCGUUGCUUUCUUUAAAGGAUCUAAUUUGCCCCAACCAGUCUUAGCUGAUAUAUGGAAGUAUUCUGAUCAGAACAACAGUGGUUUCCUUGGCCGCCCAGAAUUUUAUAAUGCAUUGAAGCUAGUUACUGUGGCUCAAAGUGGCCGUGAACUAACACCUGACAUUGUCAAGGCUGCGUUGUUCAGUCCGGCUACUGCAAAAAUUCCUGCUCCUCAGAUCAAUCCCGUACAUGGUCCUGCAACUGUAAUGAGCUCUUCAGUCACAUUGAGGCCCCAGUCAGGCAUAUCAAUGCCAGCAUCCCCCCAUAUAAGUGUUGCUGGCCCAAUGGGAUCACAAAACUCUGGCCCAAGGGGAAUAUCACCUGGUUUAGCUGUGAAUCAACAGUUGAUUUCUCCUUCAAACAGCCAUCUAGCAAGACCACCUCAAGGCACACCUGCUGCUGCUUCAUAUCCGAUACAGGGUGUUAAUCCAACACCGCCUGGAGCAACCAGCUUCUCAGGUGCGCCUCAAAUUUCAAAAGCAUCAAGCAUAUCGACUGAUUGGUUUGGCAUGAACAGUGGGGUUUCUGUUGGGGCUGCCUCACAAGGUCCUGUCCAAGGCACUGUGUCUUCAAUAAAACAGGAUGGUAUCUGGUCAACUGCGGCAAGGACAACACCUGGAAUGACCAUCAUGUCACCUACACCAUCUGCAGUAGUGACCUCAGCAUCUACCAGUGUAUUAGAUGCUAAGGAUUCAAAAGCUUUGGUUGUAUCUGGAAAUGGUUUUUCUUCGGACUCUGCUUUCGGAGGCGAUGCAUUUUCGGCAACUCCUCAAGUAAAGCAAGAUGGUAUUUCAGCUGCUUUUUCUUCUGCUAGCACACCUAGCUCAGCAGGAAUUGCUCCAACUGCUUCCUUAUUUCAAAAUUCAAAGGUUGGUGCACUUGAUUCCUCGCAGAGCACUUUUGUACGACCUCUUGGUGGUAAUCCACCUCCAGGAGCACAAUCAAUGUUGCUGAAAAAUCCAUUAGAUCCAAUUCAAAGCACUUUAUCACCCGCUGCAGCUAAGUUGACAGCUGGAAUUCCAAAUUCUGCCAGUCAGCCACAGCUUCCAUGGCCAAGAAUUAGUCAAACUGAUAUUCAAAAGUACACUAAGGUGUUUGUGGAGGUAGAUAAGGAUAGAGAUGGAAAAAUCACUGGUGAACAGGCACGGAACUUGUUCCUCAGUUGGAAGCUUCCUAGAGAGGUCUUGAAACAGGUGUGGGACUUGGCUGAUCAAGAUAAUGAUAGCAUGCUAUCGUUUAGAGAAUUUUGUAUUGCUCUUUAUUUGAUGCAGCGGUUCAGGGAGGGGCGUCCUCUUCCAGCUUUACUUCCAGAUGUGCUUAGAUUUGAUGAGACUUUGCUGCAAGCCACUGGUCAACCUUCAGGCUUAUAUGGCUUAUCAGGACAAGGGGUUCCUGGGCCGCGUCCCCCUGUGCCCACUACUGGAAUGAGACCUAUCAUGCAAUCUACAGUUCCUUAUCAAGUAGAUGGUGGCCAACGAUCGCAACAAGGGCUGAUGGCACCAUUUCUUGUGAAUCUGGUGAAUCAACAGAAUGAAGAGCAAGCCUUUGAGGAGGCUACAGAUGGUCCAAAAAAGCCUAAAGAGGUGGAGAACAAGAUCUUGGAUUCCAAGGAGAAAGUCGAGUAUUAUCGGACUAGGAUGCAGGAACUGGUUCUUUAUAAAAGUAGAUGUGACAACAAACUCAAUGAGAUCACUGAAAGAGCAUCUGGUGAUAAACAUGAGGUUGAGUCGCUGGCAAAAAAGUAUGAAGAGAAAUACAAGCAAGUUGCAGAAGUGGCUUCAAAAUUAACUGUGGAAGAGGCUACUUUUCGUGAUAUUCAGGGAAGGAAAUUGGAACUUCAAAAUGCAAUUGUUAAUAUGGAGAAGGGUGGAAGUUCUGAUGGACUACUUCAGGUUCGUGCUGAUCGGAUUCAAUCUGAUCUUGAAGAGCUAGUGAAAGCUUUGCAUGCACGCUGCAAACAUCAUGGAUUAGACAUUAAAUCGAAAGCAACUAUUGAGCUACCCUUUGGUUGGCAACCUGGCAUACAAGAAGGUGCAAUUGAUUGGGAUGAAGAUUGGGACAAAUUUGAUGAUGAAGGGUUUUUAGUUGCAAAAGAUCUUUCUAUAGAGGUCGAAAAUGAUGUUGCACGUUCAAAAUCCAGAAGUCCAUCAGUUUGGAGCAAUAAAAUCUCCACAGAUGGGGUUUCUCCUGUUUCACCAAUCAACCAUCACGAGAACACGGAUGAUAUGCUUUUUAGUCCCGGCAGGCGGAUCACUGAGAGCGAUUCAGUCUAUUCUCACAGUGAAUAUGGAUCAGGAAGAAGCCCACCUGGUAGUCCGGGUAGAAGUGCCUUUGAGGCUCCAUCUCAAGAAUUUCAAGCUACUCAUCAUGAGAUGCAUGAUAUUUCGCCUCGUGGUAAAGAUAAUCACAGUCAUGGAGAUGCUGAAUCCACAUUUUCUGGGGAUAAGUUUACUGAUGAACCAUCCUGGGGUGCAGCUUUUGAUACAAAUUAUGAUGUUGAUUCAGUAUGGGGCUUCAGUCCAAAGGAUGCUGGUCAUGAGAGAACCCCUAAGAAUUCUUUCUUUGGGUCAGAAGAUUUCGGAACAAAUCACAUAAGGGUAGACUCUCCAAGUGCUAGUAGUGUCUUUGGGCAGGAUAGAAAGAGCCCCUUCUUUGACUCCGUUCCAAGCACCCCUCACUUCAAGUCUAACUCAUCUCCAAGGUUCAGCGAAGGACCCGAGGACCACACUUACGAUGACUUUAGCCGGUUCGAUUCCUACAGCAUGCACGACAGCAGAUUUUCGCCGCAACGUGAGGGCCAUGCGAGAUUUGAUUCCAUAAGCAGCGUCAAUGAUUUCGAUCGUAGUCGAGGUUUCUCAUUCGACGACACAGACCCCUUCGGCAUUGGACCUUUCAGGUCUUUGGAAAACCAUUCCCCAAGAAAAAAUUCUGAUAAUUGGAGUUCCUUCUAAGGAGUCUCGUUUGAAGGAGAGAUUAUUACGUGCGGCCUCCGAACCAUUCGGAGACGAAUCCGGACGCCCGCAGGUAAUAAUUUUUCCGUUUUGAAGAGAUGCCUUCUUUUGAUUGUUUGCCACAUCCCUGGAACUAAGUUUGGUUUGUGUGUAUCUUAGCUGCUCGUUUUUAUUCACUUCUAUUCUUUGGCUAUUAUUUGGUAGUUUUGUUGGUGCAUAAUCUUUCCAUUUGCUAUUAGAGGAUUGGCACGAUGAGGUUUUGGAUUUUUUUUUUUUUAAAACGAAGUUGAAGAAAUAUGGCUGUUAUAAAAGUAAAUAUGUACGUUGAAAUGUUAUUGAAGGACCUUCUGUUAUUUUAUUUAUCUGAAAGGAGAGUAUGUAAUACAAAAUUGCAAACUGAUCAUACCAUCUCUUCCAUGUAAAUUGUAAGCAUAUGUGGAUAUAUUUUAUGUAUGUUUUGAAUGUUAUUUUGUUUGAUUUAUUUGACGUAAUAGGAACA